CUUAUCAUUUCUAACAACACAAUUUUCAGGCGUCAGUGGGGCUUUCGCGUCGAAGGAAUUGUUUGUUUUCUCUUCCUAGGCAGAAGAAGCAAAUGUUAUAGUCAUGGACAAGCUUUUCGAAAAAAUCGGAGAUCAUUUCAACAAUCCAGAAAUGUCUGACCGCAUAUUAGUUGUCAAGAUUCGAAGAGAUGGCUGGGAAAAGCUCGAAGCAGCACACCGGGUUCGAAUCAUCACGAAAACGAAUUCUCAAGAGGGAAACGAUUCGAUUUCGGUCACUAACUUUAAUAAAAAAGAAAAGAUGCAUUUAUCUACAGACAGAGAAUCUAUUAUUGGCACGUCUGAACCAAAAUGUGACACCGAAUCUGCACGUCUUUGUGACGACUCUUUUAACUCCACUUCAGAAUUGAGAACUGUUAGCAGCUUAAGCUGUGAUUCCGGAAUAAGCGACGCUACAUUUUCUGAGACAAAAAGAACGGUUAAGAGUAAGAAAAUAGAAGAGUCCUCAGCUGGUGGCGAGAAAGGAAAUAACCCAGUGAAUGAAUACUCUGGAAAUUGGCAAGGUUUUGCUAAUUUGAAUGGGGACGCUGUCGUCUCUUCAACAUCAUCAGAUGUGCUCAUAGCAGACAUUAGCUAUGCUCAAAAAAUCGGAGCUAUAGGUUUAACCGCUUUAGAUAGUGACGACGGAAGCGCUUCAGCAUCUGCCCCUUCACCAUCGACCAACACCGAAACUGCAGAGACUAGCGAAGAAGAUUUGACAUUUACUGACACUGUCAUCCGGGAACAGCAGCUGUAUGUACACAGCUUUUGGCUGGCGUUGAAUAGUUCUUACUUUAGAGGCCUUUUUUUCAGCUCAGGGAUGAAAGAGACAAAAGUGAAAAAGGUUGAGAUGAACAUCAGUGAAUCCUUGUCAUCGAUGUUCCUUCUGUUGAUAGAGUCACUCUAUAAGCCUGAAGUUGUGAUGACAGAAAGUGUAGAAAAUCUUCUUGUUCUUAUGAGACUUGCUCAUGUUUAUGAUGCAGAGAGCACACUUAAGGCUUGUCAGAAACUUCUUGGUUCAGCUGAAUUGACAGUUGAGAUCUGUGACAAAUCUCUGAAUAUGCAAGAGCAUGAAAGACUCCCUGAAAUGGCAGAAUUUAUCAGACGAUGUGAGGAAUUCCUGGUCGAGGAAUUCAGUCCUUUAGACUCACAAUGGUCGAGUGAAGACUUUCUGUCUUUGAGUCCUAAUGGUCUACAGAAAGUUCUUUCCAGCAAUGAGUUGUGUGUAUCCUCAGAAAAUACUGUGUUCCUUGCACUGAUGAAAUGGGCAGAGGUGAAUGAAGUGUUCGAUGAUCAGCUUGAGCCCCUGUUGGAAUUGGUGCGCUUCAAAGCCAUGACCAUCAAUUACCUACACGACGUUGUUACCAGUGAUCACCCAAUCGCUUCUACAGUAGCUAAGUUUCAACUGAUGUUUGAAGAGGCUGUUUUUUACCAUGCCUUUUCUAAGGAGAGACAAUGCGAAGAGGGAGAACCCAUUGCUAGGAAAGCUCAUGAUGAUCCUGUCGUGUUUAACUGGACAGUGGACAUCGGAGAAGAUAUUGAAGUAGAGAAAAAAAAGAAGAUCAUUAAAUCCCCGCAUUUCUGGGUCAGCGGAUACGAAAUGUUCCUAGAGCUGAAACUGAGGACUUCCGGUUGUCAAGGCUUAUAUCUGACAAUAAGCACACGUGACUUCCGCCACAGUAGCAAAGGGUUCGUCAAACUGGCAUACUCUCUGACUUCAAACUUUCCUAAGGCCACACGGGUGAUCAACGAAGCGGACGUGUUUGAUAGAGAGGGGUCUGGCUGGGGAUACGAAGAAUUCUUCCCUUUAAGCUGGACUGAAUUCAAAGAUCAGCUGAAGAGAACUCCUCUAAUAAUAACGUCUCAAGUCAGUCUUCUGGAGUAGUGUAGAGUUUGAUCCUCUCCAAUUUAUUUCCACGUUUUUUCACCUUCUUCUCUUUUUAUGAACUUUAGGUAGUGAGUCAGCUAUUCUCUUUGUGUAUAACACUGUAUUCCAAACAAGACCGGAGAACUAUUUUUUAAGUAUUUCGAAAAUGGAAUUUAACUGUUACGGGAUAAUUGUAAAUCGAAAAGAAACGUCAAGAGGAGAUAUUUAGAAGACCCAGAACUAUUUCUAUUUAUUAAAGCCUUUCGUGCAUUCGUAACGCUCUUACACAUUUUGCAGCCUUUGUUGCGUAGAUUUUAUAUUUAUUUAUAUAUUUAUUGUCUAUGUAUGGGUAUUUGUCUAUAGAUGUUUUUUGGCGUGCUUGAAAGAGUCGAAGAAAUUAAAAUCGAACGAUCUCUAAUAUUUGAACCCACGAAAUGUAGAAACACAGAUUUCCUUGCAUUCAUUGUAUUAUCACUUGAAAUGACAGUGCCACUGAAACAUUUUUCAGCAAGGGCAAAUGUAGAUCAUUACCAACAGUUCACUUUGUCAGGAUUUCACGUCGAACGAGCGAAUAAAGGGUGUCUUGCAAUC